AUGUUAACGUUACACAUAAACGAUGACACGACGGAGGACUCAGGUGACGACGCUGAGAUGGACAUGGACGGUCCUGCCAAACUCAUCGCUCCAGACCAGAUGGGAAAAUCCCAAGACAGUCCAGAGGAAGUGAUGAUGAUAAAGGAGGAGGAAGAGGCUUUUGAACAGACACAGGACACUGAUCUGAACUCAUCCUCGUGUCUCGAAUUGACACAGUGCAGCACUGAGGGCAACAAUCAUCUGUUUUUUGAUGCAACGGAUGUUGCCAAGUCAACCUCAGAAGAGGAAACUACAACAGAGCUGGAUGAUUUGCUUGACUCUCUGCAGCGUCUGCAGCUGCAUCUGACUGAUGCUGAGAGUCAGGAGGACGUUCAGCUGCUGCUGGAGCUGCUGCUGCAGACGGACUUCCAGCAGGCAUUCAGCAUGCAUCGCAGCGUGGCUCUGGGCAUGAGACACCUCUGCCCGCCAUACCCGCUCACCGCACAUGCCCAGCAGAUCAGAGACGAGGUGGAAAGUGUCCUGCAGUGCAGUAAACACACUGAAGCCACAGAACUAACAGGCCUGUUGACUUCACCACAUCUACAGGCCCUGAUGGAGGCUCAUGACUGCAUAGCCGAGCAGGAAUUGGAUGUUGAAACUAUUGAAGAUGUGGACCAGGAUGAAAAGACCACCAAACUCGUUUCCCUGGAGAAAACUCGUGACAUGCCUUUGGGUGUGACGGUUCGUAACGAACAUGACUGCGUCAUCAUCAGCCGGGUGGUGAGUGGAGGAACUGCAGAGAAAAGCAACCUACUCAGUGAAGGAGACGAAAUCCUAGAGAUCAACGGCGUUCCAGUCCGUGGAAAAAGUGUUAAUGAUGUUCACAACAUACUGUCCAGCAUGCAUGGGUCCCUCACAUUUCUCCUCAUCCCAAACUCUCAAAACAAAAUAGCUCCUCACAGACCGACUGUGAUGCAUGUAAAAGCAAACUUCAGCUAUGACCCAUCUGAGGACCCAUAUGUGCCGUGCAGAGAGCUUGGCCUGUCCUUCCAAAAGGGAGACAUCCUCCACGUCACUAGCCAGGACGACCCCAAUUGGUGGCAGGCGUACAGGGAAGGUCACGAGGACCAGAAGCCCCUCGCUGGCCUCAUUCCUGGGAAGAGCUUCCAACAGCACAGAGAAGCCAUGAAGAAAACCAUCACAGACAGGAAUCAAGAGUAUAAAGGGAAACUUUGGUGUGCUAAGAAAAGCAAAAAGCAACGAAAGAAACUAUUGUAUAACCCUAAUAAGAAUAUUGAGCUUUACAGUGAAGAUAUACUGACCUAUGAGGAGGUGGCACUGUACCGUCAGCCGCCCAACCACAAGCGUCCCGUCGCCCUGAUUGGUCCACCAAACAGCGGACAUGAUGAAUUGAGACAGAGACUGCUUUCCUUAGAGCCUGACCGGUUCGCCGGUGCUGUUCCACACACCACACGAAACCCCCGCACGCAUGAGCUCAACGGAAGAGAGUACAACUUUGUAUCACGACAGAGCUUUGAAUCUGAACUGGCUGCAGGGAAAUUCAUCGAGUCGGGCGAGUUUGAACAGAACCUGUACGGCACAAAUACAGAUUCAGUCAGACAGGUUGUCAACUCAGGAAAAAUAUGCCUGCUGUGUCUGCAGCCCAGGUCCCUGCGAGUGCUAUGUUCCUCAGAUCUUAAACCGUACAUCAUCUUCAUCAGGCCUUCUCUUCCUCCUCCUCCUCCUCUUCCUCCUCCUCAGGAGCGAUUCUCCACCCUGCUGGCCAGAGGAGUGAAGAAACACACGCCUGAGGAUGCAAGAGACACUUUGGAGAAAGCACGUGAGAUGGAGCACAGCUACGGUCACUUGUUUGAUGCCAUCAUCACAAACGACGAGCAGGAGAAAACCGUCUCUGAGCUGCUGCGAAUCAUUGACAAACUGGACCUCGAGCCGCAGUGGGUCCCUUCUGCCUGGGUCAGCUAAAAAACACUUCCAUUGAGAAAUAAUGAUGCAUUUUCAGUGUUCAAUGAACCUAAUUUGUGAUAUAACUAAACGCCACUCUCUGAAUAAACCAUACUGAGGUCACGAGUCAACAUGGCAUACAUAUAGUAAACUAGACAUCAUGCACAGUCUGCUAGUAUUUCGAACAUGACCGAGAUGCUGCAAUAUGGACUUUUCCUUAAGUUUUCUCGCAAUAUUGUGACCUGUAAUAUUUCCAUCCCAUUAAAAAAAAGCAUAGAAAUUCUAGAAAUUAUUUUCUAAACGUAGAUACAUAUCAAAGUAUUUCUUCAUCCAUAGAGGAUCAUAUUUGUGAGCAGUUUCUUAGAGCUUUACGUGUUUUCAUGUUCUUAUAUCAGUAAAGUGACGUAUUAAUGACAUUGUUGAAUGUGUAAUUUGACAAUACCUAAGCCAAAACUAAUGUUAAAAUUGUUUUUAAUUAAAAAAGUUGAAUAAAAAAUGUUAAUGUAGUGUGAUGGUAUAUACAGUCAAACCAAAGACACUAGAUAUCAUUUUUAAUAUAUUUUUACUAGUGGGUGCAGGACACUAUAGUUCAUUUAUGCAAGUGAGGAUAGCAAAAUGUGACAUAUACCCAAAAUUUCUUCAUACAGUGGACUACCAGUAAAAUUGAUAAAAAAAAAUAAAAAAAAAUGGGACCAAAAUGUAUUCAGACACUUUGACCUGGCCAUGUUUAGCUUGUGUUCUCUGACAUAAUUAAGAUAAAAAAAUUUCUGACAGUUUAACUCUGAGAUCUUGUCAUAUUUUAUUGCCAUUUUUUUAAACUAUAGUGAAUAAACUGUAAUAAUGAAUGAAAUAUUCAAGGUGUCUGAAUAUAUUUUGGUUUGACUGUAUAUAUGUGGCCCUGGACCACAAAACCAGUCAUAGGGGUCCGUUUGUUUAAUUUGAGAUUUAUACAUCAUCUGAAAUCUGAAUAAAUAAACUUUCCAUUGAUGUAUGGUUUGUUAGGAUAGGACAAUAUUUGGCCGAGAUACAACUAUUUGAAUAUCUGGAAUCUGAGGGUGUAAAAAAUCAAAAUAUUGAGAAAAUCGCCUUUAAAGUUGUCCAAAUGAAGUCCUUAGCGAUGCAUAUCCACUCACAAAAAUACAUUUUGAUACAUUUACGGUAGGAAAUUUGCAGAAUAUCUUCAUGGAACAUGAUCUUUACUUAAUAUCCUAAUGAUUUUUUGGCAUAAAAGAAAAAUCAAUAAUUUUCACCCAUACAACGUAUUGUUGGCUACAAAUAUAUCUGUUCGACUUAUGACUGGUUUUGUGGUCCAAGGUCACAUAUAUUGUUGGAUAUAAUGUAACAUUUGCCUUCGGCUGUGAAUCAAGUUUGAAUUUUUGUCCUUGUAAAAAGUUUGGGCAUCUCAGCUUUAGUCAACAUGCAUUCGCAACCCAAUUCAAUUCUACACUCACCAUCGACUAACUGCUCAUUAACGCAAAUAGCUAAUCAACCAAUCACAUGGCAGUAACUCAAUGCAUUUAGGCAUGUACACAUGAUCAAGAUGAUGUGCUGAAGUUCAAACUGAGCAUCUGAAUGAGGACGUUAAGUGACUUUGAACGUGGCAUGGUUGGUGUCAGAGUCUGAAUAUUUCAGAAACUGCUGAUCUACUGGGGUUUUCACACACAACCAUCUCUAGGAAUGGUCCAAAAAAGAGAAAAUAUCCAGUGGGUGUCAGUUCUGUGGGUGAAAAUGCCUUGUUGAGGUCAGAGAAGAAUGAUCAAACUGGUUCAGCUGAUAUUGAAGAAUUAAAGCAGUGCUAAAGGCAACCCGGUAUUAGCAAGUGAACCUAAUAAAGUAGCCUA